AUGAAGAGAAAUAAAGCAAAGAAGGAAAAGAAAACUGGUUCCUCGAGCACUGUUGCGAGUGUGAAGCUGAUAAUUCAUUUUCAGCUGCACGGAUAUUUCGAGUAUAUACGACGUGAUGUUUUGGUGAGCCAUAUACAGCCGCAGGACGAGCUUCAGCUUGUACUGAGCCUUACGAUCACUUUUGACACUGUCACUAAAAGCAGUCAGACUCCACGCCUCACUGGUAUUCCUGAAGCACGUCCAGCUGAGAUUGCACGCGAUUUGGAAGCAAUUUACAAGGAGGGACGGCUCACGGACUUUACAAUUGUUGCGGGUGAUCGUGAGCUGCCAGCGCAUCAAGUGAUACUCUCCGCACGUUCGCCAGUGUUUGCAGCUAUGUUGGAACCCCAUACGGACGAAGCAAAAAAUAGCCGUGUCGUCUUUCGAGAUAUUGAUUUCGAGGUUUUGGCGCCAAAAUUAAUAACCCCGGGACCACAAACAGUAAUGUUUUGGUGCCAAAAUUACCAUGCAACGUAUCAAACAGUAAUGCAAUGGGCACUUUUAACAGCAAGGCUCCCCAGAACAGAGUUGCACAAGCGUCAGCUGGACAGGGUUGGAGUUACGACCGAACAGAAUUGCAUAAGCGUUCGCUAG